AUGGUAGACAGAGAUCCAGGUACACCGACCUGGAAAUUCACACAAUGCUUUGGUGAUAAAGGCGAUGUAGAAGAUAUUACAGAAGCCGACAUCAUCUCGACCGUCGAAUUUGAUCAUACUGGUAACUACCUGGCGACGGGAGACAAGGGUGGAAGAGUGGUGUUGUUUGAGCGGAACGAGACGAAAAAAACCUGCGAGUAUAAGUUCCACACCGAGUUUCAGUCGCACGAACCAGAAUUCGAUUACCUCAAGUCGUUAGAGAUUGAAGAGAAGAUCAACAAGAUAAAAUGGUGCCGGCGACAGAAUGCAUCCCACUUUCUCCUCUCGACAAACGACAAGACGAUAAAGCUCUGGAAGGUGUUUGACAAGUCGUUGAAGGUGGUUGCGGAGAACAAUCUAUCAAACGAGCUCACGCCGGCGGGUGCGGUCGGUGGUGGAGGCAUUCCUCGGGCACCCCGCGUCUCCUUCAAAGACCCGUCUGCGCUGAAGCUCCCCGCCGUCCCCCGGAGAACGUACGCCAACGCCCACGCGUAUCAUAUAAAUAGCAUCUCCGUCAACAGCGAUGGCGAGACAUUUAUCAGCAGUGACGACCUCCGCGUCAACCUUUGGAACCUCAACAUUCAAGACCAGAGCUUCAACAUUGUCGAUAUCAAGCCCGCAAACAUGGAGGAAUUGACCGAGGUGAUCACGGCAGCCGAGUUCCACCCGGUCAGCUGUAACUGGUUUAUGUAUGCCAGCUCUAAGGGCACAAUCAAGCUGGCCGACAUGCGACAGCGUGCAUUGUGCGACGAGCAUGCUAAACUGUUUGAACAAGAGGAAGAUGCCUCCUCCCGCUCUUUCUUUUCCGAGAUCAUCUCCUCCAUCUCCGAUGUGCGAUUCUCACAAGACGGUCGGUACAUUGUAUCGCGUGACUACCUGACCGUGAAGAUUUGGGAUGUCAACAUGGAACGGCAGCCCGUCAAGACCAUCCCCAUCCACGAACAUCUGCGCCCGCGCCUGUGCGACACAUACGAAAAUGAUAGCAUCUUCGACAAGUUCGAGGUGGUCUUCUCCGGUGACGCCGAGAAUGUCAUGACCGGCAGCUACAACAACAACUUCAUGAUCUACCCGACAGAGGAGACCAAGGACACGGAGAUUGUGCUGCAGGCUGAUAAGUCAGCCUUCAAGGCCAAGAAGGUUGGUGUGCCGACGCCGAUGGGCAAGGCAGGUAACGGCAAGAAGGCCGGGUCGCGGUCCAGUAGCCCGGCGGGUCCUGGCAGUCGGAUGAAGAAGGAGACCGAUGCCGACCAGAUCGACUUCAACAAGAAGAUUUUGCACAUGAGCUGGCAUCCGUUCGAGGAUAGUAUUGCCAUUGCUGCUACGAACAACCUCUUUGUCUUCUCUGCCCUGUAA